UGUAAAAUGUUAAACAUCUUUGUCUGUUAUAGGGACAAAAGCACCAAAUCGCGUAAAAUCGUUAGCCGUGAGGUCUUUUGUUUUUCAACCUUCGGGGGUUCUGAGACGGGUAGAUGCUGAGCCGUAUCUUCCAGCCUUUAACCUCAGCAUAGAUUCCCAAGUCACUGAAAAUCGCAACCGCGGUAUUGAGUUCACCUAGCAAUUCCUUUCGAUAUCUCCAAGAUGCAAAGGCCGCAAUUAACCAAAUUUGACCCAAAAUCCGUCAGCUGCAGCCAUAUGGUCAAGGCCGUAGAACCACAAAUAUAAACCCUCUCUAAAGAGACCUGUUUAACUGUCGUUCUAUAGCGAACAAUCUGCGCAAAAUUGCUCAGGACCAAAUGCAUUGCGCAGUUUACCGUGCAAUAGCCAGUCUAAAUCGAUUUCACAAUAUUAAAUUGAGUUUCUUUGAGUGAUUUAGCAUUAAUUAUCUCCGAUCACACACCAAAUUUAUUAUUUAUGGGAGGUAAAUUUUUUGAGAAAAGUAUUAUCGAAGACUUGGUUAUCAAUAUAUCACAUUUGCAAUAUAUCUAGAUAUUAACAAUGCUAAAUGGUCGCUAGCCAGUGAUGUAAUUGAGGCAGCCGGGGCCCCUAGGGAUUUCUCAGUUAGGUACCACCCUAAAUUAUUAGCAGUAGUUUAACUGCAUAAACUGAUCAGUAUAUUUUCUUUUCAUUUGUACGUGCAUUUCAUGCAGGCUUAGGGCCCCUUGAACUCGUUUAUUAUACCCACAAUACCACUUUAAAUUAGAAUUACAUAGACAAAACUUUUGCUUGGCGCCUCUCAAGGUUGGGGCCCUUAGUUUUCGAACUAAAAGUAACUUUUGCCCGUUACGCCACUGUCCCUGGCCCUUUUUUGCGGCACCUGUUACAUCAUUGUGCCACAUAGCCUAAAGCCGCAGCACCAACACCAAUGUCCAAACGCAGCUUGUAGCGAUAUGGUACCUGUAGCUGUCUACAAUAUAAAACACGCCCGAAUGAUAAAUCGAGUCUAAUGGUCGAAGGGUCGAACAGUUUUCAUAUCUUUGCUAUAUUUGCUACUGUUACUGGCGAGGCUUCGUCACCACUGCAUGCUUGAGAGGGUGCAGCGUUUGUCAUCAGAAUGUACCACGGCAGCUUCCGUCAUUUCACACAAAGGUCAACCCCAAAAUAGACGUCACGUGAUUCUACAAAUCCGCAGUUUGGAAAAGUUUAUCGAGCCACCAACUUGGAGCCAGGAUCGUAUCAAAAUCUGCCACUGAGCCAGCUCGGCUAUCGUAUCAUUUUUGUGCCCUUCCAUGCAUUGACAAGGUACAGAGAGACUCGUCAGGCUUUUGAAGCAGCCAUCCAAGAUGCUUGAAUGUAUCAAGAAAUUCAACGAAUUUCGUAAUGGGGCAAAAGAUGGGGGAUGGGCCUGGGUUGUCUGUGUAGUGAGCAGUUUGAUGAUGUUCCUGGUCAAUGGUUUUUCACUGACAAUUGGACUGCUGUACACAUACCUUUUGGAGGAGUUUGGCGAAACUCGAGCAAAAACAGCGAUGGUGGCUUCAAUCCUCCACAGUGUCACCUUCCUUUCCUCACCGCUAAGCUGCGUAGUGAUCAAGAGGUUUGGUGUGAGACGCUCAAUGUGCUUCACCACCAUUAUACUGUCAUCGUCAUUCCUAGGAUCUUCCAUUGUUAACAAGCUAGAAGUUCUUUAUGUAACACUGGGGUUAUUGUAUGGCGUUGGUGCAAGCCUCUUGACCAAUCUUCUAUAUACUGGCGUGUUCCAGCAUUUCGAAAAGAAGGCAUCCUUAGCAACCGCAAUUGUAUCUGCUGGAGUCCCACUCAGCCCAAUCUUAUUCACAAAUCCGUUCAAAGUAUUAUUGGAAAUGCAUGGCUGGAGAUUCCUGCUACGCAUUCUCACAAUUCCUCUUUUUCUGAUACUGGUUAUAGGCACAAUUAUAAUUUCACCGAAAAAAGAACGCUGUAGUUGCCCACCACAGAAUAAUUCUUUGAAACAAUGUUACCGCGUCUUGAAAAUUCCAGCACUUCGAGUUUGGAUCGUAGCGAUAUUCUUUGCACGCCUUGGGGGAGACAUAAUGGCUGUUCACCAGACCCAAUUCACCAUCGAGUUUGGAAUCAGCUGGGAUAAAGCAUCAAUGCUACCAAUGUACAUGGGUAUCGGAAAUAUAAUUGGGAGGCUUGGACUAGGACAAUUAUUGCAUUCAAGGUUGCUGCAUCCUGUCACGUCUUUUCAAGUUAUGAUGGUACUAGGUGGUGUUACUGGGCUGGUAUCAGCACUGUCUUCUACAUAUGCACACAUCGUAGCAUUUUCGAUACUUUACAUGGUAUUUGACGGCGGAAUCCAGGGCCUUGACGCCGUCCCGGUCAUGAGUGUAUCCGGAAAAGACUUUUUUGUUGAAGCAUUUGGCAUCCAGCUUUUCGUACAGGGCAUAUCGAGAAUGACGGGACCCCCUGUAUUAGGACAUUUGGUGGAUAAAUUUGGAGAUUACACAAUGCUAUUUUAUUCAGUUAGCUUGCCAUUAAUUCUUGGUGCCCUGGCAUUGUGUGCUAUGAGAUGCCUGAAAACCGGACCUUUCAGCCCAGAAAAGCAUCCUAUAUUUGAAUCAAAAAUUGACAAUGAUGAACUUUAUUCUAUCUCUGAGAAAGAAGGUUUUCUCACGGAAAGAAUUACCUCUGUUUGAUUACCGUGCAAGCUGCGGGUACUCAAGCUGAAUAAUUACGCUCGAGUGAACUUUUAAAUUUGCUGUGAAAAUUUUCAUUUGUAAUCUUGGUAGAAUUCUUCAAAAACGAGAUUCUUACAGGCA